AUGGCACAAGAGCGUGCCAUUUCCCACAUUGUGGGAUCACUGUAUAAUUUCAGUGAGGCUGCUAGACACGAACUCGUCGGCUUGUUCAGGAAGAAUUCGAAUACGGAUAUAACCUGUCAUUUCGACGGGAAGUUUUUCAUCCUUCAAGCAUCUCACAACAAUGAUGAGUCACUAGCCUUUCUUGUGAAUUCUAUUAGAACCUUCAUAUCCGUGGAGAAGAAUGAGGAGCCUGAUCUGUUCGAAGACGAGAAGAUCAUUAGAAAAGACGGAACUCAUCCGAGCUUCACGCUUGCUACGUGGACUGAAAAAACAAUGCAAGCCAUCAAAGCCAAUGGUCAGAUACCACUCAUUGAGCACGAGAACAUCAUUCGAAAAUGGUCACCAAGUAGCGAAAGCAAAGAACUUGGAUCGAAGUUGAGCUUACAACUCCUUGGAAGAAUUGGAAACCUUUGCGGAUGCCGUGUUGAGCACGCAAGCGACUCGGCGGGUUUAAUGAUAAUGGCCGACAGAGACAAGAACAUUGAGAAGGCGAUUUCGAAGCUAGAACGACUCAACAAGAUGAUGGUCAAUGAAAUAAACUUUCCACGAAUCUACAGUUUCUAUAUUCUCGAAGGCGAAACGUCAAUUAGCUUGCAGCUUAUCGCUUUGAAAGAUUUGAACGAUAAAAGGCCGGUCACAACGCUUCUACAAAAGGACUCGUUUAUCAAGUCUAUUCGGGAUCUGUGCGUACUGGUACUCGUCAAAGGGUCGAACGUUGUUCAAGUCAAAUCAAAGCCGGCUGCCUCGAUUCAAGGAAGUCGGCUUUGGAACGAUCAUGUGUCCAGCUGCGGUCAAGCUCAAGGUUUAAUUGCGGCUAAAACUUCGAAAGAGCGUGAGACUUCGAUUGAUAGAUGGGUAUCUGAGAUAACCAACCCCAACGUGCAAUUGGAUGCCUUUCGUCCUGAGUCAGCUGUGGCAGUGCAACAGUCACUAGACGUUGCGAUAGUAUACAAGGAGCCUUUGUCACCGACGAAGAAACCAACUACGAAGCGUGCCCGAACUGCACGAGGGAAUACCGACGCCUUCAACAAAGCUUCCGUCGAAUCUCGGAGAGUAUCUGAUGGCAACGAAGCAACAAAUCAAGAGACCAUGAGCAGUUUCAGUGGUUGUCAGUCGACUAGAAAUGUAUCUACGGGCAAAAAGAACAUGUCCUACCGUCAGCCUCCAAGCAUCGAGCCGCCUUACAUGCCACCGCUCGCCAUACCAUUGCGUCCCUUGCCAAAGACGCCAUCGAUAACGUCGCAGCAACUCAUGCCAAGCUUGUCUACAUGGAAUGUUGUUGUCCGUGAUAGCAAGUCUGGUAGCCUCAUUGAUAUGUCUAUGCCGAAUGAAGGGCGUGCUCAAGGCAACGAACCGAAAGAUGAGGCACUGACAGUCAUAGACAACCUACAAGAUACCUCCAAAGUCGAGGCACGAGAUCUCAAACACACCAUGAACCAGAGGAAGGCCCCAACGCAAGCCUUCGUAGGGGGGAAUACCGCCCUAGUCAAAAGCUUUGAGGAAUUUGCCAUCCAUCUGCUUGACUUAGCCCUACCUCGCACAGGCCGCAUUGGAUUUGCAGUCGAUAUUGGCAGGCUUUUGAUCGAUCAACAAUUUGGCUCGUCAGAAUUCAAAAAUAGAAGCUUCAAGACAAGCGAAUUCUCGUCCGUGCUUCCAAAGGGAAAGACAGCUGGUUUCAAAUCCAUGUUUACGAACAUCCUCACAGCACGCUCAUCUGAGGCAGAGAGUAUCGUGAAUGUUCUCAUGUCUCAAGGAAAAAGACUUUUUCAGCAACAACCUGCUUCCAGGAAAGUUACGUAUGUGUUUAGCUGCAAAGCGAAGGGUGGCGACCAGAUUGUUGUCGAAUUCGACGGAAAUGGAGAUUUCAAGAUCCAAGGGUCUGAGGUCCUGAUGGGGGCGCUGGACUGGUACUUUCCCAAGCGUGCAUGGGACGCUCGCCUACGGUUGACGAGCGAGAAGUUUCUUACGAUGGACUAUCAGAGGCAGGUGAAGUGUAUUGUCAACAACUUAAAGAUAGGCCCAUCCGGAGAUGGCCAGUCCCUUGAGCUCUGGACCAAAACAAUCGACGAAAACCUCAGCAUUGAGUCCAUCACACUCCGCCGAGAAACAUUGCACCCCGUCACAGUUUAUCCAGAUCUUAUACUUCACCUGACUGAAUGUCAAGACCUUCAAGUACGGCAGUCUCCCGAUUCCGAGGGCAUUUACAUAGGCUCCAUUCAAACUCCAAAUGUCAUGAUCAAGGCCAACAGACUGUGGUGGGAAGCCAGUCUUUCGUCUACAAACGCUACUACUAUCCUCCAAGAGAACUUGACAUUGGAGCUUGGUGAAAUAGCUACAUGGACUCCCUCGAGUAUUAUCAACAAAGGGGUCGUGCGCGAUCUAUUCGCCGCUGCGAAGGAGGUGGUGACGCAGAUUGAUCACGUCGGCUUUUUUAAUAGGGGCAAAGGUAGCUCAGGCUCGAAGACAAUCGAGAACAUCAGUGCUAAUCCUCAAGACGUACCAGCUAGUCUGAGAAGGGUCGACCUAGGGUUCUGGUGA